CGUUGGCCAGCCCUGGAGGAGGUUUUCUUUGCGCCUGUGUUCCGUUACACAAGUUAUUAAAAUCCGGGGGGGAAUAUUUCGGAUAAGUGUUUUAUAUGCUAUUAGGUAUGACGGAGUGUUCGGCAAACAAGCCCGCAAAUGGGGAGGUCUGUCACCGCAAUAAGAACGGGAGAAAACCGGGGAAGAAUGGCUAUGUGAAGAAUGGUUACCAUCUCCACCAGCAGCCGCAGAAGUACUGCUACCCCAAGGAGAAGGGCCAGCAGACGCCCUGCAAUGGGGGGCUCUACAAAAGGCCUUUCAUCGAGUCGUUCGAGGAGACGCCCAUGCUGGUGGCUGUGCUCACGUACAUGGGCUACGGCAUCCUCACCAUCUUCGGCUACCUGAGGGACUUCCUGAGGGAGUGGAAGAUCGAGAAGUGCCACAUCGCCAGGGAGCGGGAGGAGCAGAAGGAGUUCGUUCCCCUUUAUCAGGAUUUCGAGAACUUUUACACCAGGAAUUUGUACAUGCGAAUUCGGGACAGCUGGAACCGGCCAAUUUGCAGCGUCCCGGGAGCCAAGAUGGACCUUGUGGAGCGGGUGUCACAUGACUACAACUGGACCUUUGACUACACGGGGAAAGUGGUGAAGGACGUCAUUAACCUGGGCUCGUAUAAUUACCUGGGCUUCGCUGAGAACUCCGGGCCGUGCGCAGACGCCGCGGCGGAGGUGACCAUGCAGUAUGGCGUGGGGGUCAGCGGCACCAGGCAAGAGAUGGGCAACUUGGACAAGCACGAGGAGCUGGAGAAGCUGGUGGCGAGGUUCCUGGGGGUGGAGUCUGCCAUGGUGUUCGGCAUGGGCUUCGCCACCAACUCCAUGAACAUUCCCGCUCUCACGGGCAAGGGCUGCUUGAUCCUGAGUGACGAGCUGAACCACGCCUCUCUGGUGCUGGGAGCCAGGCUGUCGGGGUCCACCAUCCGCGUCUUCAAGCACAACAAUAUGCAGAGCCUGGAGAAGCUGCUGAGAGACGCCAUCGUUCACGGCCAGCCUCGAACCCACCGGCCCUGGAAGAAGAUCCUCAUAGUGGUUGAGGGCAUCUACAGCAUGGAGGGCUCCAUCGUGCGGCUGCCGGAGGUCAUCGCCCUGAAGAAGAAGUACAAGGCCUACCUGUACCUGGACGAGGCCCACAGCAUAGGUGCCCUGGGGCCCCACGGCGGAGGGGUGCUCGACUACUUCGGCCUGGACCCGCGGGACGUGGACAUCAUGAUGGGGACGUUCACCAAGAGCUUCGGAGCAGCGGGAGGGUACAUCGGAGGGAAGAGGGAGCUGAUAGAAUACCUGCGUGCCCACUCCCACAGUGCUGCCUACGCCACCUCCAUGUCGCCCCCUGUAGCCCAGCAAAUCAUCGCCUCUAUGAAGUGCAUCAUGGGAGAGGAUGGGACCACAAUCGGUCAGGAACGUGUCCGUCAGCUGGCCGAAAACACCACGUACUUCCGCAGGAGGCUCCGGGAGAUGGGCUUCAUCAUCUACGGGAACAACGACUCCCCCGUCGUCCCGGUCAUGCUCUACAUGCCUGCUAAGAUCGGUGCGUUCGGGCGGGAGAUGCUGAAGAGGAACAUUGGCGUGGUGGUGGUGGGCUUCCCGGCCACGCCCAUCAUCGAGUCCCGGGCCCGUUUCUGCGUGUCCGCGGCCCACACCCGAGAGAUGCUCGACACAGCUUUGAGUGUGAUCAGCGAGGUGGGAGACCUGCUCCAGAUUAAGUAUUCCCAACACAGGACCAUUCCGUCUUUGGACCGCCCCUUUGACGAGACCACGUACGAGGAAGAGGAGGACUGAACGCCCUGCGCGGGUCGGGCCACGCCCUGCAUCGGGACGCCCUCGGGGGGAGGGGUCGCGGGGCGAGGGGGGGCGUGACCGACCUUCCUCCUCAGUCUAACACGCUGAGCGCGUCGCUGCUAUGCGGCAGGGAUAGUAGGAGUGGGUCUGUCAUUUUUUGUUUUUCUCUCUCUUAUUUUCCGUUUCUGAGGAGUGAAGUUGUUAAGUUUGCUCUUGACUCAUUGCUACUUAAAAAAAACCUCGGCAAAUGAGGCAAACGGAUGCCGAGAUGCGUUCAGGUCUUGAAUGUACCUCUCACUGCAUCACCUCUCCCCCACCCUCGCUUUUGUGCAAUAUUCAAUAUUAAUAUUUUGGAACAUCUUUAGUUGACCAGUACAAAAACUAUAAAAACAAGCUCUUGUAAAAUAAGACUAAAAUAUCUACACACACCAAAAUAUUUUAUUUUUAUUGAAAUACACUUGCCUCAGUUAGCUACUGUAUGGGACAUCGGAUCUGGGAUACUUCCCAGGAAUUUGCGUCAGUUGUUUUUUUUGUUUUUUGUUUUUUUAAACUUACUACUAAUGCCAGUCCGUCAGACCAGUGUCUUACUUGAACGGAGCCUUUUGGUUUCCUACUUUAUCAAAAAAAAGGUUUAUUUUGUCUUAGGCCAGAGCAGAGACACACGGAGUGACAUCCCAGUGGUGGCCUCCCCGCUGCGAGGUGUACACAGCGCUGCGCUCAUCUGUCAGAGAAAGGGUCCUCCAGGCCACUCUGGACAUCUUCUUGGAAAUUGUUAAAAAUCGUUUGUCUAGAUUUCCAAAAGAUGAUCAGAGUGAAUUGGAAACGAUUUUUUUCUGUGACGACAAAUGAGUCCAAAUUGUAGUCUUGUCCACCUAACGCUUGAAUUUGCUCUGCUGUUAGGCAGUGUCCUUUUUUUAAUUUCUGUAUACUGCCAUUUUUGUUUUCAAACUUUGCACUCUCUAAACGUCUAGGUUAAUGUGUUUACUGUUUGACCUUAUUGAAGACAUUGUUUUCUGUAUUUUCUCUAGUCUUUGGAGUCUUUGUCUGUCAGCUUAUGUCAGGAGGUCACCCAUUUGCUUAGCUGCGUGUGGGAUGACUUUGCCUCCCAGAUUUAUUUAUUCAAAUUGCUAUUAUUAUUAUUAUUAUUAUUACUAGUAGGAAGAAAUUUAUUUCAGCAAGGCAGCUCCAAACAUGUCCUGGAAAUCGCAUGCAUGUUGACAUUGCAUGCGUGAAGUGCAAGUACUACUGACGAGUGUUUUUCUUCAGCAUUAGCGAUUUCUUUAAAAUGCACGUAUGACGUAGUCACUUAAGAUGCUAAUUUCCAGCAAAAGGUGCUGAACGACAUGUUCUACACACCCUUACUCUUCGAGGUUUGUCUUAAAAUUAGAAGGCAUUCCAGGAUCAGCCCUAUAAUUACCAGCUUUAAGUAUGGGAUACUCUUCCACCUAAUUGCCUCUGUACAGGACUGUGCUACUGGAAUGUACAUCAUAUGUGUCAAACAUUUGUUUGCUUGUAUUUUUCCCCCUUUCACCUCUUAAAUCGUAAAUCGUAAGAUGUGUGAACUGUGACCAUCAAAGACAAAAUGGUGAAAAUGAAAGACAAAGUUAAAGCUGAAAGCUAGAAAUGCAGCAACUGCAAAAAUGUAUAUGCAAGGUUAUAAAUAUGUUGAAUACGGAACUUCAAAUUAAUUGAGUUGUCUUAAUGUACAUUUUUUUUAUGUAAACAAUGUCAAAGUAUGACUGUACUUUUGUGUGAAUGUAUGCAUCUUCAAUUUGCCUGUAAUAUCUUUGCACACUGAGGUGACACCCUGCUAAUGACACAAACACCACUAGUGUCAACAGUGCGGAGCUUACAAAUAUCAGAAACACUGAGAGGUGUACAGACGGAUGAAUAUUUGGAGGUGUACAUAUCUGACUACUCUGAAACUAUGACUUCUGUAUGUAUUCAAAUGUGACCUUGAAUUUGCUCCCAGUGGGGCAUAUGAAAGGUAGACUUUUGGAAGGAAAGUACACGAUUUGAUACAUAUUGGCAAAACCUCUGUAAUUUUUCAGUUCCUUGAGAACAUUAAAGUAUA